CAGGCCCGAAGAGUCCGAGGGCCGCCAUGGCGACAGGUGCCGACGUUCGCGACAUUCUGGAGUUGGGCGGGCCUGAGGGCGAUGCGCCGGGGCCCAUCAGCAAGAAGGACAUCAUCAACCCGGACAAGAAAAAGUCCAAGAAGUCGUCAGAGACGCUGACGUUCAAGAGGCCAGAGGGCAUGCACCGUGAGGUCUACGCUCUGCUCUACUCCGACAAAAAGGAUGCACCCCCCCUGCUCCCCAGCGAUACAACCCAAGGAUACCGCACAGUGAAGGCCAAGUUAGGGUCCAAGAAGGUACGACCCUGGAAGUGGAUGCCUUUCACCAACCCUGCCCGAAAGGAUGGGGCCAUGUUCUAUCACUGGCGGCGUGCAGCUGAGGAGGGCAAGGACUAUCCCUUUGCCAGGUUCAAUAAGGCAGUGCAGGUGCCUGUCUAUUCAGAGCAGGAGUACCAGCUGUACCUGCAUGAUGAUGCCUGGACCAAGGCCGAGACGGACCAUCUCUUUGACCUGAGCCGGCGCUUCGACCUGCGCUUUGUGGUCAUCCAUGACCGCUAUGACCACCAGCAAUUUAAGAAGCGGUCGGUGGAGGACCUGAAGGAGCGGUACUAUCACAUCUGUGCCAGGCUGGCCAAUGUCCGGGCUGUGCCAGGCACUGACCUCAAGGUGCCUGUGUUUGAUGCUGGGCAUGAGCGGCGGCGGAAGGAGCAGCUGGAGAGGCUUUACAACCGCACCCCUGAGCAGGUGGCCGAGGAGGAAUACUUGGUUCAGGAGCUCCGUAAGAUUGAGGCUCGCAAGAAGGAGCGGGAGAAGCGGAGCCAGGACCUGCAGAAGCUCAUCACUGCUGCCGAUACCACAGCGGAGCAGCGGCGCACUGAACGCAAGGCUCCCAAGAAGAAGCUGCCGCAGAAGAAGGAGACAGAGAAGCCGGCUGUCCCGGAGACAGCCGGCAUCAAGUUUCCCGACUUCAAGUCUGCGGGAGUCACCCUUCGUAGUCAGAGGAUGAAGCUGCCGAGCUCCGUGGGACAGAAGAAGAUCAAGGCUUUGGAGCAGAUGCUUCUGGAGCUGGGAGUAGAGCUGAGCCCCACGCCCACAGAGGAGCUGGUGCAGAUGUUCAAUGAGUUGCGGAGUGACCUGGUGCUGCUGUAUGAGCUGAAGCAGGCCUGCGCCAACUGCGAGUACGAGCUGCAGAUGCUGCGGCAUCGCCACGAGGCCCUGGCCCGAGUGGGGCCGCUGGGAGCCGCGCCUCCGCCCCCACCCCCGCCCAGCGCAGAGCCACCGCCCCUGCCUAGCGACGGGCCGGGCCCCGACCUGGCCAAGGACGCCAUCAUCGACGUGGUGGGCGCGCCCCUGACGCCCAACUCGAGGAAGCGACGGGAAUCAGCCUCCAGUUCGUCGUCAGUGAAAAAGGCCAAGAAACCCUGAAGCUCCGAAGCCGGAGCUGGGCGUGCCUGCUGCUGAGGGGCCUGGGGGCGGGCCUAGGCCGGAGCCUGGGCGGACC